AUGGCCCGAAAACGUAACUUUCUCCGAGAAGGCUCGAGAACCUCCGUCAAUUCGGCAUCCGAAUUCCUGGCCGACAUCCGAAGGAAAGUUGUCCGACCGGAUCAGAUUAUGGUAUCCUUUGACGCGGUUUCAUUAUUCACGUCCAUCCCAUCGGACCUGGCACGCGACGUUAUUCGCAAACGACUCGAAGAGAAUUACGACGAAACGAACACACCCCUAAAAAUCGACCACUUACUGCAACUGUUUGCGUUCCGCCAACAAACCUUCUUCACUUUCAAUGACAGAACAUACGAGCAGAUCAAGGGAACGCCAAUGGGUUCGCCAAUAUCCAGCCUGGUUGCAGAACUAGUCCUGCAGGAACUGGAAAAAGUCGUCUUCGAGCACUAUGAAACUGCAUUUUGGCGCCGGCACGUCAACGAGACGUUCGUCAUAAUUGAAAGAAGCAGACUGUCCGACUUUCAAGACCUGCUGAUCGGCAUCUUCCCGGACAUUCAGUUCACAAGGGAAGAAGAGCAUGCCGAACAGUUGCCUUUCCUUGACGUUCUCGUCACACGCACACCCAAAGGCGAACUCAACACCACGGUGUACAGACAGGCGACUAACACGACUCAGAUUCUCAACUACCACAGUAAUCACCCAAUGGCGCAUAAACACGGCUGUGUUAGGACACUCUUCCAAAGGGUAAAAACGCACUGCAGUGAACCAGAGGGACGAGUACGAGAACUUCGGCAUCUUCGGGACCAACUGGCAAGGAAUGGAUACCCCAACAGCUUCGUCAGCCGCUGCCUCCGCACGCGCCCACGGCGAACAAACAGAGAAGAGCCGCCAACACUCUGGCACCCUCUAA